CCCCGUGGGUCCCGGCGUGGGAGCGGCGGAGCGCGGCCGUCGGGGCGCCUGGACGCGCCCAGGGCUGGGGACCGGAACCCGGGCCCGGGCGCUGGGCGGGGGCGCCGCCAUGAGGAAGCAGAGCGUGCGCACGGCCGCGCUCGCCCUGUGCAUCCUGUCCUACCUGCUGGUGGGCGCCGCGGUCUUCGACGCGCUCGAGUCCGAGGCGGAGAGAGGCCGCCAGCGACUGCUGGCCCAGAAGCGGAGCGAGCUCCGGAGGAAGUACGGCUUCUCGGCCGAGGACUUCCGCGAGCUGGAGCGCCUGGCGCUGCAGGCCGAGCCGCACCGCGCCGGCCGCCAGUGGAAGUUCGCGGGCUCCUUCUACUUCGCCAUCACCGUCAUCACCACCAUCGGCUACGGCCACGCCGCGCCGGGCACGGACUCGGGCAAGGUCUUCUGCAUGUUCUAUGCGCUCCUGGGCAUCCCUCUGACGCUGGUCACUUUCCAGAGCCUGGGCGAGCGGCUGAACGCGCUGGUGCGGCGCCUCCUGCUGGCGGCCAAGCGCUGCCUGGGCCUGCGGCGGCCGCGUGUGUCCACCGAGAACAUGGUGGUGGCCGGGCUGCUGGUGUGCGCGGCCACCCUGGCCCUUGGAGCCGCCGCCUUCGCGCACUUCGAGGGCUGGACCUUCUUCCACGCGUACUACUACUGCUUUAUCACCCUCACCACCAUCGGCUUCGGCGACUUCGUGGCGCUGCAGAGCGACGAGGCGCUGCAGAGGAAGCCGCCCUACGUGGCCUUCAGCUUCCUCUACAUCCUCCUGGGACUCACGGUCAUCGGCGCCUUCCUCAACCUGGUGGUCCUGCGCUUCCUGGCGGCCAGCACCGGCGCGCCCGAGCGCUCUGCCCGCCGUGCCAGCCAGCUCCGCCCGGGGGCGCCCGAGAGCCGCAGCCGCGCCCCUUCCGGAGGCUCCACCUCCGUCUCCUUCCGCGUCCACCAGCUCGAGUCCUGGGCCCGAGACAAUCUGGGCUUCUCGCCCCCCUCGAGCCCUGGGGCUGUGGGCGGCGGCAGGGCAGGCCGGCCCCGAGCCCGGCGCAAAUCCAUCUGACCCCGCCGGGGUCGCCCCUGGAAACGGAGGGUCUGGGGCCACCUCGUGGCGCACCCUCCGCGGAGCUCGGAGAGGGGUGAACGGCCGUGACCUCAAGCGGCCUUCUACCACGGGUAGUUUCUCCUUCCCUGGCGCGGCUAGCUCCUCCCUCCUUUCCAAAAAUAUACUAAAGCCGCAUCAUAAGCACAAGCACGACCCUCAGGUCACACUGUAGGUGCGAAUCCCUUCGUGGUCCAAACUCUGAGCACAGUGUGGCCACAUCAGCCCCCCAGCAGAGGCUCUCCCCAGGCCCAUGUCACCAGCUGGCCUUCCGGAGCAGAAACAGGAGGCUACUUUUCUGUUGUGUGAAGAGGCCGGUUUUCCAUGUGGUAGUGGACAUGUACAAUUUUCAAUACUGGAAUCCUACCAGUGUGGCAGCUGCUCACACUGUGAGGAGCAUGGGGUCAGACAGUCUGAAGAGGGGCAUCCACCAUCCAAUGUGGACCAGUGGGCAAAUCUAUGCACUACUUAAAUGACCAUUCUCUUGCCCAGCGUGUAGAGUGGAACUGGCUCAUGCCUGAAUGAAGCACAUCCUCCCUUGACCCCCCACCCCAAUCUGAUGCUGUUUGUCCUCGGCCAACCCCACUUCGGGAUGAGGGGACCUUGGCUGACACCCAUGUCCU